AUGAUGAAGAUCCUACGCCUCGUCAUACUCCUGUCAGUUACUGUCCUCGUCGUCAUCAUCUUCGUGUCUACCAAUUCGCUCAGCUCACGAAGACAGAUGCUGGGUGACAUCAAUAGUGAAAAUCUGCUCCAAAUCAUUAAGUUGAGGGAAUCAAAGACCGAAUUUACAGCUGUAGCGAGCACAAUGCCAGCCGACCACGUGGCCCGGAAACUGUUCGAGCGGGUUCGCGUUCUCUGCUGGGUGAUGACGUCACCACAGAACCUCGAGCCGCGCGUCAAACACGUCCUGAGGACGUGGGGACGACGUUGUAACAAACUCGUCAUCAUCAGCUCCAAGGCCAACGCCACGUACGGCGCGGUUGCAAUCAACGUCACGGAAGGCAGAAACCAACUGACGCAGAAAACCCUUGGCGGCUUCCACUACGUGUACAAACACCACUUUGAUGACGCUGAUUGGUUCCUGAAAACUGACGACGACACCUACGUCAUAAUGGAGAAUCUCAGAUACAUGCUUUCGGAGCAGGAUCCGAAGGAGCCGGUGUAUUUCGGUCACCAUUUCAACUCUAUCGGAACGUUCCCGUAUUCCAGCGGCGGAUCCGGGUUUGUAGUGAGCAAAGAGGCGCUCAGACGCUUUGGCAGGGAGGCGGAUAGUUCGAAAGUUUGUCGGCAGACCGGUUCGGCCGGGGACGAAGCUUUCGGGCAAUGUAUGGGAAAACUCGGCGUCAAGCUGAAGAACUCCACUGAUAAGUUUGGUGGAACUAGGUUUCACUGUCUCAAUCCAAGCGAUUUUGUGACUGGACGAUACCCGGACUGGCUGUACCGGUAUGACGCAAAUGGAUUGAGAAAGGGCGUGGACAGCAUCAGUGACUAUGUUAUUUCUUUUCAUUACGUGGCUGGAAACCAAAUGGACGUUUUGGAAUAUUUGAUAUAUCACGCUAAACCAUAUGGCAUAAAACACGUCUUCCAAGAUCUCAAUCAACAUUAAUUGUUAAAUGUAAUUAACCAGAGGGAUAUCCUUGUGGGCUUUUGUUUCUUGUAGUGUGUGUGUGUGUGUGUGCGUGCAUGCGCGCGUUUGUACGUGCGUAGGGAAUAAUGAUUGUU